CUUUGUGCAUCACAAACAGGAACAUUGAACUAGCUUGCAGUCAGAAAUAACGGAAAGCUGAGGACCACACCAGAUCCACAAGGACAUGAUUGCCGCUGCUGCCCUAAAAAACACCCAUCGACAAACCGCUAUAGAAUCUAGGCUGUCAGGCAGAUAUCACUAGGCGGGAGCCAUGAUUCCUGUGACGGAGUUCCGGCAGUUCUCAGAGCAGGAGCCAGCAUUCCGGGUUCUGAAGCCCUGGUGGGAUGUGUUCACAGACUACCUCUCUGUGGUCAUGUUAAUGAUCGGAGUGUUCGGAUGCACCCUACAGGUGGUGCAGGACAAAAUCAUCUGCCUUCCACAGAGAAUAUCAAUGGCGAACCAAACAAUACCAAAUAAAACCGAGCUGGUCUCACCUGUAGUGUCGCAGGAUGUGCAUGAGAUGAUGGGCCUGAAAACCAACCUGGACCUUCAACAGUACAGCUUCAUAAACCAGAUGUGCUACGAGAAAGCCCUGCACUGGUAUGCCAAGUACUUCCCUUACCUAGUCCUCAUACACACCCUCAUCUUCAUGGUGUGUAGCAAUUUCUGGUUCAAGUUCCCCGGCUCCAGCUCUAAGAUAGAGCAUUUCAUCUCCAUCUUGGGAAAGUGCUUUGACUCCCCCUGGACUACGAGAGCUCUGUCUGAGGUGUCUGGAGAGAACCCAGAGGAGAAGGUAUUGUUGGACAACAAGAACAACAGUGCCAGCAAAGCGAUCCUCAACGUGUCUGUAGAGGGGAACCUGGACAGCCUGGAGAAGACCCAGUCCCUCAAAUCCAUCCCAGAGAAGAUCGUAGUGGACAAGCCCACAGCCAGCGCUCUGGAUAAGAAGGAAGGAGAACAGGCCAAAGCUCUAUUUGAGAAGGUGAAGAAGUUCCGCCUGCAUGUCGAAGAGGGGGACAUCCUCUAUGUUAUGUAUGUUCGCCAGACUGUUCUCAAAGUGUUCAAGUUCCUCCUCAUCAUCGCGUAUAACAGUGCUUUAGUCUCUGAGGUGCAGAUCACAGUGAAGUGCAGUGUGGACAUACAGGACAUGACGGGAUAUAAGCAUUUCUCCUGUAAUCACACCAUGGCCCACCUGUUCUCUAAGUUGUCGUACUGUUACCUGUGCUUCGUGGCUGUGUACGGAUUCACCUGCCUCUACACUUCCUAUUGGCUCUUCUACCGCUCACUGAAGGAGUACUCCUUUGAAUACGUGAGGCAAGAAACGGGAAUCGAUGACAUCCCAGACGUGAAGAAUGACUUUGCCUUCAUGCUGCACAUGAUCGACCAGUACGACCCACUGUACUCCAAAAGGUUCGCAGUGUUCCUGUCUGAGGUCAGUGAGAACAAACUGAAACAGCUGAAUCUGAACCAUGAGUGGACACCAGAGAAGCUGCGUCAGAGACUGCUGACCAACCAUAACAACAGACUGGAGCUGCAGCUCUUCAUGCUGUCUGGGCUCCCAGACACCAUCUUCGAGGUGACAGAGCUCCAAUCCCUGAAGCUAGAGAUCAUCAACAAUGUAACCAUCCCAGCUUCCAUCGCCCAGCUGGAAAACCUCCAGGAGCUAUCUCUGUAUCAGUGUUGCUUAAAGAGCCACACCACAGCCACUUCCUUCCUCAAGGAUAACCUUAAGGUGCUCAGGGUAAAGUUUGAUGACAGCAGGGAACUGCCUCAUUGGCUGUACCAUCUGCGGAAUCUAGAGGAGCUCUAUCUCAUUGGCUCACUGAGUCCUGACGCUUCUAAGAAUGUGGUUCUGGAGUCUCUAAGGGAGCUGAAGAAUCUGAAGACCCUCUCGCUCAAAAGUAACUUUACAAAGAUUCCCCAGUCCAUCGUAGACGUGUCCAGCCACCUGCAGAGGCUAUACGUUUACAACGAUGGCACCAAGCUGGUGAUGCUCAACAACCUGAAGAAGAUGGUGAACCUGACUGAACUGGAGCUGGUGCACUGUGACCUGGAACGCAUCCCACAUGCUGUCUUUAGCCUCACGAACCUACAGGAAUUGGACUUGAAGGAAAACAACCUGCGCUCCAUUGAGGAGAUAGUCAGCUGCCAGCACCUCCACAAGCUGACGUGCCUGAAACUCUGGCACAACAGUAUCUGCUACAUCCCUGAGCACAUCAAGAAGCUUGGCAGCCUGGAGCGCCUCUACUUCAGUCACAACAAGAUAGAGAUCUUGCCCUCGCACCUGUUCUUAUGCAACAAGCUUCGUUACCUGGACCUGUCCAACAACGACAUCCGGUUCAUUCCGCCGGAGAUCGGCGUCCUACAGAGUCUUCAGUAUUUCUCUGUCACGUGCAACAAGAUCGAGAACCUCCCAGACGAGCUCUUCUUUUGCAAGAAGCUCAAAACCCUUAAGCUGGGCAAGAAUACACUGUCUUUGCUCUCACCAAAGAUCUCAUACCUGGUUCUAUUGACACACCUGGAACUGAAGGGCAACCAUUUUGAGCUCCUGCCUCCAGAGCUGCGGUUCUGCCGGGCGUUGAAGCGGGGCGGCCUAGUGGUGGAGGACGUCCUGUUUGAAACCUUGCCUUCGGAUAUCAGAGACAAAAUGAAGGCUGAGUGAAAUGUCUUACAGAAUCUGUGCAAAAGGCCCUGCGAUACAUUACUAUUCUGUCCAGGGGGUGUACUUGUACAUCAUGCUGCCUCACACUACAUAAACAGGAGAUUGGCUCCUGUCCUAUGGGCCUGUCUGGCUCGGACAAAGCAAGUUACUUAUAUGUGCAAAAAGAAAAUGCCAAUCUUGUCUUAAUCUGACAAUCAUAGUCUACCAAAAUGGUAGAUUUGACUGUAUACUUAGUUUAUCAUGAUCAAACUCUAAGUAGUAUACUGUUCUGGGGUGGAAAUUGUGAUAUUCAUGCACAGCAAAUUCUCCAGUGUUAAAUCAACACUUACAGUGACAAUUUUUUUCUAUAAAGAUCCACAUGAUUAACACUUUUAGUGUUAUGCAAUAACACUUCAUAUAGUAUUUUUAACACUAGGAAGUGUAUAUAGUUUACACUAAUGGUGUUAUGCAAUAACACCUUUAUAUAGUAUUUUUUUAACCAUUACGCAAAGAGGUCUGUAUCUGUUGACAAGGUCGCUUGUGUUGGAUUAAGGAUAUUUCAAUAAUAAUAACGUCUUUAAUGCUACUUCUUAUUAUGUAGGCAUUUACAAAGACUUCAGGACUAGCAGAAGACCUAUUCUAACUUAUAUAAGUAUAACCAUAGACCACUUAAACUGAUACAACACUUCCAUUCAUGGGUGCCAAAAACAACUAAUUUAAAGCCAUGCAUCAACUAAGCCACACCUCCAAUAUAAUUUCCCAGUGCCUUGCCUUUUCAAGUUAAUUGUAGAUUUACCACCCAUGACAGUAUUUGUAAGUGACAGAGACAUGGUUGUUGAAUUUGUUAAUUUCACUCCUGUGGACUUCCCACUAGAGGUGAAUGUUAUCAUUAAAAUAUAAUGCUAUAUAUAUAUAUAUAUAUAUAUAUAUAUAGGACAAUACAUUAAAUAUAUAAGGCCUUACUUUGAUGGCCAAGUUUUACCAUAACAGUGUUGUUAGGACAAUCCUGGUUUACAGGCCACAUCUGCAAGUCACAUUAUGCAGGCUUGCAAAGGGAUGUAAUUCCUAUAGGAAACCAGACAUAUUUUUAAUCAUUCAGAAUGACUGUAAGGGUUAGGAACAUUGUGAGGAGACUACCUAAGUCAGGGAUGGGCAACUCCAGUCUUCAGGAUCCAGAAGGGUGUCACACCUUUCCCCAUCCCUAGCAAACACAGAUUAUUAAACUAAUUACGUUCUAAAUUAGCUAGGGCAAAAUGGUGACACCAAUCAGGCCCCUCGGGGCCCGAGUUUCCCACCCCUUAUCUAAACCAUUUAAACUGGAACAGCCAUUUAAGUAAUAGUUGCAUUUAUUGCAUCCAUCUGAUUGGAUUAGUUGAGAAAAAUGUAUGUUAUUUAAAAAUUGUAUUUGUGUACCAUAAUAUUAAUCAAUCAAUGUACAUGCAAAAACACAGAUAUUAAAAACAAUCCUAAAAAUGACUACCUCCAGUAGAGCAUGCUGGGAAAUGUGAUAAUGAUGGGCAUGGUUUUAUUGGGAAUGUUUUACUCUCCACAGAGUAAAACUGACACAAUCACAUUCUCACACUUAACAUUGGAUAUAAACACUAACACUGGGGUUAUUUUACACUACUGAGUGUUAAUUUCAGAUUUAAUUUAACUCCUGAAUCAACACUAGAAAUUUUACACAGAAAAAUCAACACUAGGUAACACUGGCCAAUUUGCUGUGUGGGUGUAUGUUUUGAGUAAUAUAUCUAAGUGUUACUUCAUGUCAGAACGGAAUAAAGCUUUGUGAUGUAAUUAAAUGGUUCUUAACAAUAUAAUUAGUCACAGGAAAGGUAUAUUUUGUAAUGGGGCAUUGUUCAUCUGCACUUGCCCGCAAUUGCUAACAACCCAUCCGCAACCGCCCGUCUAUAUGUGAUAAAGUGAAUCUAACUUGCUAAUAUAAAAAAAAAUGUGCUGGAUUCUUUUUUGCCUGAUUUAGAUACGUUUCUGGUUAUAAUUUCCAACAUUUUGUAGGCUAUUUGUUAUUCAACUUGUCAUUUGGCCGAUAUGUUGCCCUAGAAGACUAAAUAAACCUUUGAUCACCAGAAUAAUGUGAUACAUUGAUAGAAAUAAUGCUUCAAUCUAGUUGACAUAGGUAAAAAAGAUUCACUGUGCAAAAUUUUGAAAUUACAUCAGUUUGACCGGUUCUAAGGAAACAGAAAAGUGUGAAAACGACCCAACAUGUUUCUGAUAAGAUUUCAGUUCAGCUUGGAUGCAUAUUAUGUGGUUGAAAUAGCUUACUGUCAGCUUUUAUGAUGCUGAUAAAGAUAUCACCUCUACAGACACUAUCUAACUGCGCAUUCACAUUCUCUCAAGAUGCUGAAAGAAAGAAAUCUAAUUUCUCAACUCUUGUUCCCGAGUUCAAAUUUUGCUUACAUUUUAUGUAUCAUUUUACUUAAAUACAUGCUUAAUUCUGCAGGAGUUAAUAUUAAGUCUAUGUGAGAGGUUAUAGACCUACAGUCAGUGUUCAGAUUUCAGUUUUCAUUUCACUCAUCUGAACAGUAGGCUACAGUUCCCUUGACGUGCCAUAGGCCUAUUUGAAGUCCGUCUUGUGACUGUGGAAUUUGUAUAGUGCCUCACAAUCAUCACACACAACAUUGCCAGCACUGCUAUCAUCCUCUUUAACCACUUCACCAAUUCUUUCCCAAAAAUUACUUUUCUGUCCCUCCCUUCUCUUUAUUUUCAACUCUCCAUUUCACAGCUUUUCUCUUAUUGAAUUAAAGUCCGACAUUGUCCUUUUUGCCUCCAUGGAUAGACACUCACUUUUUUCUGCCCAUUCCCAAGUGCAUUUGGGUUUUGGCGUGUAGGCUAUUUGGCGCGCCUACAGUUAAGGCCCUAAAGAUUAUGCUUAUGCACCAAUGCCAGAUAGCCUAAAAUAAUUAAAGAAAAACGUCAAUGUAGCCUAUAGAUAUACAUUUCACAAGAAUGAUAGGUUACAUUUACAGAUUUUUUAAGUAUUGUUUUCUUUUUAAUCAAGCCGCCCGCUACCCACCCACCCUUCAUCCGCGCAAUAUUUCAUGACCCUAAACCCACCCGCCCUGUGGAUAUAACCUCGGGGACUGCGGGUUAUGAGUCAACCCGCGCAUUACUAAUACUUAGCCUGGCUACCAGUCUAUUUGUGCUAAGAUUUGACUCCUUGUACUCUGUGUCUUAUGCCAAACAUAAUGUUUGUGGAAUGAUAGUACAAACAGAUCUGGGACCAGGCUAAGGUAUACUGUCUAUCAGAGGAACUCAACAACAGGAUUGCUUGUUCUUGUAUUAUUGAUAUUGUUAUUUAUUACACUUGUUAUACCGUAUUAUGCAGUGUCUAGCACAAGCUUCAAUGAACAUACACUGGAUAGAAUGUAGGCCUAUAAUCAGAAAGAUUGAAUAUAUAUACAAGAAUCAAAAUAUCGAAUGUAUUAUCCUGAAGGGCCUCAUAUUUGGACUUAAUUUACUGUCCAAAGAUAUUCUAAAAUAGAUAUACUAAAAUGUUUUUUUUGAAUAACUUUUCUACUCAGUCUCUAUAUUAUGUAGUAUUCGGAUAAUGAAAGUACUUGAUAUAACAGUGUAGUUGGCUACAAGUGAACUGUGGACUCAGCUGUAACUGUUUGUCAAUAGCCUGUGGCAAGACCAUAUUUAUCAGGAGGGAUAGCUAGUUUUAGUUAGUCACAGUUUACACAAGCUAAAAAAGACCAGCCAUGUUGUAAUUAACAUAUUUUUAUUACAAUCCACAAACCCCUUGCACACGCCUUAUAGAUAGAGAGGACAAUAAAGUCCACGCCUUAUAGAUAGAGAGGACAAUAAAGUCCACGCCUUAUAGAUAGAGAGGACAAUAAAGUCCACGCCUUAUAGAUAGAGAGGACAAUAAAGUCCACGCCUUAUAGAUAGAGAGGACAAUAAAGUCCACGCCUUAUAGAUAGAGAGGACAAUCAAGUCCACGCCUUAUAGAUAGAGAGGACAAUCAAGUCCACGCCUUAUAGAUAGAGAGGACAAUAAAGUCCACGCCUUAUAGAUAGAGAGGACAAUCAAGUCCACGCCUUAGACAUUACAGUGUAUCAUAAUCAGAGCUGUGGAUCACUGCAAAGGUGCCAUGGUUAGCUGCUAUCGUAAUUUAUAAAAACAGCAUCCCUGCCGUAUUUAGGGCGUUAUAUUCUAAUGUUAAAUAUUCCAACCAAAUUAAUACAGAUGGUAAAGAUUGAAAGAUAAUAAAAAGGCAUAUCUUUUGUGCAUAUUUUCUUAUCAGAUCACGUCUGCUGUGUUUGGUUCUUCAUGUUGAUGAAUAAAAACAGCCAGAUGGCAGCUGCUUUAAAUGUGGCACAAAUA